CGCCCGCGCAGCGUGCAGGAACCUGUGUGAGCCGCCCGCUUGACUACUGUCUGCUGCACCGCGACGGCCCGGCGUCUGCGUUGAAUGUUUGGUAACAGUUACCUGCGGGUCUACACUUCCAAGAAGAAACCUGUUUUAAUCUACAAUGGCGCAAGAAGAACGGGAGCUGACGUACGAGAAGCGGGCCGACGCGGCGGACAUGGCGGGCGAGGACUACGAGCUGCAGCUGUGCGCUCUGCUGGUGGUGCGGGCCGCCACCCACUGCCCGCGCGGCUUCUACCUGGCCAGCAACCACAGCCAGGCCGGCAGCUUCGACGACAUAGUGCUCUUCUGGCGGCAGGAGGUGGACGGCGGCGGUGCAGCGGCGUGGCGCGGGAUGCUGCUGCAGCUGAAGCACAAGCAGGCGGAGGCGCUGGGCCGCAAGGUGUUCCUGCCGGCGCCGCAGGACCAGAAGAAGGCCAAGGGCCAGGGCAGGAAGACGCCGCAGGCCAACUUCAGCCUGGUCGACUACUACGAUUCCUACCGCCAGAAGGUGCGGCCCGCGUGGCAGCAGAUGGUCAGCAAGAUCGGAGCCGUCCCACUCGAGCAGGUAACGGUCGGCAUAUUCACGAACACCGGCGUGAAGAAGAUGGACAUACGCGACGUGAACACCGCGCCCGACAUCGUGGACACUGGCGCUGUGAGAGACGCCAAGGAGAUUUCCAGGAUCACGGAGGUCACCUUCUCGCUGGAGGAGGAGGACGUCGGCUGCUGCUUCUCGACCUGCGAGGACCUGAGCGACGCCGGCGAGUUCCUGUCCAGGUUCCGGCUCUUCUGCAACCAGGCGAGCCUGGAGAAGCUGCAGCAGCUGAUAAAGGACGAGCUGAUGGCGGCCUUGGGCACGGGUCCCGGGGAGUCCACGGACGGCGCCUGCGCGGCGCUGCUCGCGGGCGUCAAGGCGUGGUGGACGGCCAAGAAGGCGGCGCCCUACCUCACCGCCGACAGCGCCCUCUGGACCGGCAUCGUCCUCGCCCAGCUGGCGGACCUCGGGGACCCGCUCAGCGGCGCCGUGCGCGCGCUCGGCCUCACGUUCACGCCAGAAGCGACCGACCCCUUCAGCCGAGUCUUCUCCACAGCGCGAGGCCGGCCAGUGGUGGUGGUGUGCGAGCGAGGUUGCGGUCUGCUGUCGGCGGGGAAGGCGCUCCAGGCCCUGCAGCCGGACAGGGGGCUGGCCGUGACCGCCGAGGCGGCGGAGCGCCGCCUGCCCGAGGUGGCGGCCGCGCUGGCCAGCCGCGCCUGCCGCUGGCUGCUGCUGCUCCAGCCGCACACUGCAGACCCGCUGUCCGCCGCCGCCCGGAGCCGCCUGCUGGACGAGCUGCGGCGCCACCCCAAGACGCUCGUCCUCGUCACAGACGCAGACGGGGUGCCUCCUGACGCGACAGAGGGCUGGACUCGACACGACGACCAGUUUUCGCUGCUCCAGCUGGACACCGCGUCCCAGGAGCGGCUGCUGCAGAAGACCGUCAUCUUCCAGGGGCUGGACACGACUGUGGGGGACAUUGUCCAGGGCGACGGGCCGGAGCGGGUGCGGCGCGCGGCGCAGCUGCUCGGCGGGCUGCAGGUGCUGCGCCUGCUGAGCGGCGGCCCGCCGGCGGUGGGCGCCGCCCUGCGCGACGCGCCGCGAUACUUCGUGGAGCGGCCGCUAGAGCGGCGCCGCGAGCUGCGGGACGACGUGGUGCUGGCGCCGCCCCCCGGCGCCGUGCUGGUGCUCGGCGGGCUGCCCGCCCAGCGCCGCGGCCAGGCGCUCGCCGCCGGCGCCAGCUUCUUCCGCGACGCCAUGAAGAGCGCCGGCGACAGCCCGCCGCCCGUCGUCCUGCUGCAGGCGAGGGACGGGCCGGACGCCCAGUUCGAUCAGCUGUGCGAGAAGUGGGGCACGGCGGGCCGGUCGCUGCACUGGCUAUCCUGGCAGGACGGCGGCACGUGGCGGUGGGAGCGCAGCGUGGGCGACACGUGGGCGCUGCGCGGACACCUGGCGGGCGGCGGCUGGAGCGCAGAGUGGGCGCGGGACGCGCUGGAGGCGGCGCCGGGGGAGCGCGCCGUCGUGCUGGAGGGGCCGCCCGGCAUCGGCAAGAGCACGCUGCUGGCGCACCUCGCCGCCGCCGCCAAGCGCCGCCUGCCGCACGCGCUCGUGGUGGUCGUCGAGCUGGGCAGGUACAGUCGCGAGCUGCUCGAGAGCCCUUUCCUGGACGCUGGAAGUGUGAAGAAGUUGCUGAAGUUGGCAGCCAAAAUUGACGACGCCGCCAACGACGGUCUGGACGGCGCCAUUUUCGAUUUCUGCCUGGACGUCACUGGGGAAGCGGUCGUGGUGCUCGACGGAUUCGACGAGAUCUCACACUACGAGGAGCAGUUCGACAAGCUGGAGAAGGGCGCGGCGGCGCUGCGGGCGCUGCUGGACAAGACGCGCGUGUGCAAGGUGUGGGCCAGCACCCGCCCUGCCACCUGCCGGCCGAUCGAGGAGGCUGCGCGCGUUCUCGCCUUCCAGCUGCGCGGCUUCUCCGCCAGGGAGCAGCACAAGUUUUUCACGCUAUUCCUCGAGAGCACCGGCGCGAACGCUCACCUUCCCCAGGUGCUGCGGCAGGUGGAGGCCCUGCAGGAGCGGACGAGCCUGAGGCGGCAGGCGCUCAGCUUCCUGGAGGUUCCGCUGCACGCCGCCAUGCUGGCCGAGGUCGCCACCGGCGAGGACGGCUCGCAGGUGCUCUCCGACGGCGCUAUCGACCUGUGCCGCCUCUACGAGACGUUCUUCAACAAGAAGGCGGACAUCUACCAGCUCGAGAAGCGCAAAAUGGCCAUGCACGAGUCGCACACUGGCUGGGAAGCUGCAGCCGGUCGGGAUGCAUACCAGGAAACCAUCAUCGUCUUUGCUCUCAGGGCGCUGUUCUCGCCGGAGGAGGCGUCGCUGCUGCUGGGGGAGCUGGAGGACGCGGACGAAGACGAGGACGAGGACGGAGAGGCGGCGCUGGCGGACGUGGCGGCGCACGAGCAGACGGGCAUCGUGUACGGCGCGGACGCGGGCAGCGGCCGGCCGCGCUUCGUGCACCGCACCUUCACCGAGUACUUCGCGGCGCUCUUCUUCUGCUGGGGCUACCUGCCGCAGCCGCGGCGCAGGGACAUGCCUCUGCACGUGGCGGUCAUCCAGGACGAGGAGGAGGAGGUGGUGCGGCUGGCGCAGCAGGCUGCGGCGGCCACGGCGCCGGACACCGGGGGCCGCUCGCCGCUGCACCUGGCCGCCAUCUACAACUCGGCCAGGGCCGCCCGCGUACUGCUGGAGCAGGUGCCGGACGGCGCGCUGACGGCGGAGGACCGCGUGCUGCGCUGGCGGCCCCUGCAGUACGCCGACCUGCACGGCGCCUGGGAGGUGGCCGACGCGCUCCUCGCCUCCCACUACUCGCCCGGCGACCUCGCGCACACGAGGGACCGCCUCCAGAGGGCCGCGCCGCUCGCCGCGGACCUCCUGCGCGCGUUCGUGGCCAAAGGGCUCUGCAACCUGACGCGCUUCCUGGUGACGGAGUGCGGGGUGUCGCCGGAGAAGGUGACGGACGAGCCGCGGCAGCGCCGGCCGCUGCACGAGGCUGCGGAGGCCCGCGACGCGCGGAUGCUGCGCGUGCUGCUGGAGGUGGGCGCCGACGUGGACCCGCGAGACACCGGGGGCCGCACGCCGCUGCAGCUGCUGUGCGCGCAGGCGCACCCGGCGAGCGAAGACGAGCGCGCCGCCGUGUGGGCGGCCGAGGUGCUGCUGGCGGGCGGGGCGGGGGUGGCGGCCGCCCUCAGCCGCGCCGGGCAUGGAGUGACGCCGGAGACAAUGGUGUUCCCAAACAAGAAGGGCCAGACGGCGCUGCACGUGGCAACGGCCAGCAACCGCACGGAGGCACUGCAGGCGCUGCUGGAGCUGGGGGCGGACCCUGAGGCCGCGGCCCACCCACCGGACAAGACGGGAGCCACGCCGCUACACAUCGCUGCCAGACACGGGUUCGUGAAGGAGGUGCGGCUGCUGCUGGCCUUUGGCGCCUCGCCCGGCGUCAGGGACCGUGCUGGACGGACCCCGCUGCACUACGCCACCACAGGCCAGUGCGUCGACGAACUGGUGAAGGCAGGCGCCGACCCCAACCAGCCAUCCGAUGACGGGCUCACGCCGCUGUCUCUCGCCGUCGCCAACGCCUGCACCCCUAACUUGGUGGCGGCGCUGGUGCACCACGGCGCUGACGUCACGGCCGCUGAUAGCGACGGCAACACCGCCGUCUACGUGGCGGCGAGCGCUGGAAGCACUCGCGCGGUCGCCAUAAUGAUGAAGAACAACAUGAAAGCCGCCGAAGGCGUGUCCACUCUGAGGGCGCUGCGCUUGGCCGUGCUGCGCCGCGCUUCUGACCCCGCGCACAGCUGUUCAACAGAGAGGAGUGCGCCGUCCGCGCCCCUCCGAGGUGCGCACUGUGUUCCAGUCGGAGCGCGCGCGCGGUCUGAAGAUGGAGCGAGCCGAAGCCUCGACAACAGCCAGGAAACUGCGCUGCGCGGCACGGCGCGCCCGUUGUGGACCCGCCUUAACACGAGGCCGUCCUCGAUACGUCACGGUGAUGUCACAAACUUUCGGGGAUGA